AUGGAAGGCAUGCAAGAUAUUCUUCAAAACGAAUACGGCGUCAAACCCGUCAUUCAAGAAAUGGUCCGGACAGAUGUAUGCUUCCCGGCGAUUAGGCUGCUCGUGGAGCACAACAUGGUCGUCCCUGCAGGCUCUAAAGACCCUGACAAACCGCUAAAAGCGUUCCGUCUUCAGGUUGGUGAUGGCGAGUAUUGUAUGGCAGGUAGAUACCUUGCCAUCCGUGAUUUCUAUACGAUUGGCUUCACCGAACUACCUAGAUUGAUCCGUGUCACUCAGCCUACCGAGAACGCCAAUGAGAGGCCUGUGACUCCCUCGGGCGGUGAAGGGUACGGUACCGACCUUGACAGCGUAGAUCUUUUGAAGACCCCUGACAAAGACGGGGCUGGCUACGAGACGUCUCCUAGUCCUCCACCUAGCUUUGAUCCAACACCGGUGGAGGAUACAGUAGAUGACGAAGGAGGUUCAAUUUCAGAUACGAGGAUCCCGGAUGACUCGGUGUCUCGUGAUGCACCAAAGUUUCUCAGCUCGCCGUUGAAGCCUUCUGAGUACGAGAAGGACACCCUCGUUCCACGAUCUAUCGAAUGGAUUAGGCGAGCAUCCGUUGAACACCAUCACCGUUGUCACUCGAAAACAAACGUGGCGUUUUCAGACCGCUGUCCUACGACAGACGGGCUCGAAUUCGAACGAUACUGCCAAGAGCAUUCUCUUGCUGAUAAUGACUUGCCUUGUCGAUCAGUGUCGCACUGUUCCCUCCUCGCCAUGAUGAAAGGGUCGCCUUUGAAGCCAUUCCGCGAUAUUCCAAGAAUCGUCUCCCUAGCAUCUGUAACCGGACGUAACAAAUCACGCAAUCACGAUGUUGACGUCCUUGGUGUGAUUGAGUCUAUUGAUGAAUCGACAACGAAACCAGCUAAGCUGGGCACGAAGCGGGAUAUUCGGAUUCUCGAUCCUAGCGUUGAUGAACCUGUCACCCUCAGCGUUUUCGUGGAUCCUGUCAACUUCCAUGCUAAGCCUGGAACCUUCGCUCUCUUCAGGCAUGUUACCACGCAUGAUUGGCGGCGGGGAAAUCUAUGUGCCUACCCCGCCCGUGUGCUAGGGAAAGAAUGGUUCAUCCCGAAUCCGUGGUGCGAGCCACUAGGGAUACGGAAUGAAGCCCAACGUAUGCAGGAAUGGUGGGAAGAGCACGAGGUGCUGAAGCAUGUUUCACCCCCACGAGGGCGGCUGGGCACUGAGACGGCUCGAGAGCCAUAA